GUCAAUUUAUGUCAGAGGCCUGCAUGGUUAGCUAUACACGUAUUGAGAGGUGUGCAGGUUGCGACACGAGGUUGCGAGUACAAGUACAGGUUUUCGCGAACUUGACGGUGCAUGCUUGUUACCUCACUAGUUUUGGAUAAGCUGGAGCGCAUGAUACGUUGUAACAACAGUUACCCGCGAAAUGCCCACUCAAUCGAGGGGGUAAGGAGGUUCCUCUGGUGCUAUAAGUCAAAGCCCACGCAUAUUAGAAUUGUUAUCGAGCUCAUUAUAAAAUUGUCUCGCCCAGGAGCAUCAGCGGUGGUCGACUGGCCCAUGGAGGUUAAGCCGCGAAGGCGCGGCAGCAGUUCUGUCCCCGGCUCCCCAGCAGUCGAUGAUGCUCCUGCGGCCACUGGCCCUGCCGCUGCACUGCGGCGGUCAUCUCUGCUUGAAUCGGUGUCACCACCAGCAGCAGGAAACGCCGAACCAGCCGUGCCUGUCCCGCCGCUGCCCGCUCCACCGAACGGCUCAGCGGCACCACCCGGCAAAAAAGCACCAGACAGCGCAGGCAGCCAGGAGACCAGCACGACGCCGUCUGCUCCGGGAAAGUCCCUCGGGAGCAAUGGCUCGGCGGACUGCGGCACCGGUGGGGGCCACUCCAGCCCGAGCAGCAGCACACCGAGCCCACCCGCCACCCCGCCUGACGGAACCAGCAUCACGUCGCCAACUGGAGACGGCGAUUUCAUCAAUUUCAGCAUGGCACCGCCGGAUGUGCCCAACGCCGCUACGCCACCAGAGGGGGCCAGAAGCAGCGGGGAGGUGGCGGGCGUGGCGUACGUCGAUCGACACGUGACAGACGUGGCAGGGCUGGUGGCGGCGCUGGAUGAGCUCACACGCAACCUGACAGCUGCUGCCAGUGCUGGCGCCGGUGCCAGUGCUGCCGUGGCGGGUGGCGGGGCAGCAGAUGGCAGCGGCGGCACAGUGGUGCUGCGGGGUCGCAUCUUCCUGGCGCCCGGGGUGUACAACAUGAGCGGCUCCGGGACGCUGCGUGUGGGGCUGGGGCUUGAGCUGAUUGGCGGGAGGCGGGCAGAGGAGGCUGCCGCUGCCGCAGAGGCUGUAGCAGCAGCGAUGGACACUGGUGAUGGUGCUUUGGAGGCUGAAGCACCUCUGGUAGCAGCUACAGAUGCGGGUGUGGUUCCCGGUGGAAAUAUCAGCACGGGUGCUCGCGUGGCCCUGCCUGCUGGUCAGGUAGCUGCCGGCCCUAACAGCACAACGCAGGGGCCGCCCGCAGCGGGUGUUGAUGUUGGGUCCAGUCGCCGCUCCCUUUCGCAGCGCCGGCUGCUGCAGGCUGCUGCUGCGGCGGCGGCGCCGGAAGACCACGGGGGCACGGUCUUGGACUGCGGCGGCAGUGGCGAGGGCGCGCUGGUGAUGGCCCACGGUGGGUUUGCGUUGCGAGACCUGGUCUUCACGCGCUGUGGCGGAGCAGCCCCAGUGCUUGUGGACUUUGGGACCGGCAGCAGCAACGGCAGUAGCGGUAGCAGUAGCAGCAGCGGCACGCCCCCUCCAGGCGGCCUGAUCGAGGGCUGUGUGUUUGAAGGAAACGCCGGCACCGUUUCAGGCGGUGUGGCGGUCCAGCCUGGAGGGGAGUGGGCUUCAAGCCUGCGGCUGGCCGGCUGUGUGUUUCGCAACAACAGCGGAGUGGAAACGCCCGGCGACUACGUUUACGACUACGAUUACUCCUCGGGUGUGGUUCAGCGGCCGGUGGUGCCCGCCUCGGCCCUGGCGCUGGGCCGCGGCACCCAUCACAUCAGCGGGUGUGUGUUUGAGGACAACGCCCCGCUACCGCUCCUUUCAGGGAGCCAGCAGGCGUGGUACAAUGCAUCAACGGCGUCGGCGACCGUGGACUUCAGUUGCUGGCAGGGCCCCGCGUCAUUACACAUCGAGGAUAGCGUGUUCACGGGCAACACCGGCCGCCAGAGCGGUGCCGUGUACCUGCACGGCCAUCUGGACGGCGCCACGCCCUCGCUGGGCUGCGACCUGACCUUGCGCGGCGUGACAUUGGCGCGCAACGGCGGCCACCAGGCGGGCGCGAUGCAGGCAUCGUGCCCCGUGAAGGGCAGCAACUGCGAGCUGUCCAUGAAGGACACGGCCGUGGUGGAGAACAGGACGCCGCAGUCGGGCGCUAUCCUGAUGCGUGGAUCCGGCAUGGUGUUCGCGGCGGACAACCUGACGCUGGCGCACAACGUGGGCGGUGGCCUGGGGUUUGUGGACGUAGGCACCACCGUCACCAACAGCAGGAUCGAGAACAACACGGCGACGUCCUUCGGCGGCGUGUCGGGCUGGGGCGGAUACUUUGACGCCACUAACACCCGCUUCAUUGGGAACGGCCCCACGGCCCACGGCGCUAAGCUGUACGCCAAGGCCUCGGCACACGUGCUGAGCAACUCGUACGGGAACAAGCUGGUGAACUGCACGUUUGAGGGCAACAGGGGCCACGCACUUUACGUGUACGCGGCUGACAUCACGGUCCGCAACAGCCGCUUCCUGCGCAACACGUUUAUUCCCGGCGCCCGCAACUCUAACGGCGGCGCGCUUAUGCUGUUUGACCUGGUGCUGUUGUCCUCCAUUGAGUCCUCACUGUUCGAGGGCAAUGCGGCAGUGGUGGGUGGCGCAGUGAUGCUGUACAGCAGCCAGCAGCUGCGCAUUGCGGACUGCACGUUCCGGAGCAACUAUGCGCUGAGCGGCGCGGGACUGACCAUUGACGUCCCAGUUGCGGAGAUCGACGUCGCUAAUUCCAGCUUCAUAAACAACACCGCGUUUGGAAGCGCCCAAGAGCUGCUAGCAGCUGCCGGUAUCAAUAUCACAGCCACAGCCCCCGCCACGACGCCCUCGCCUGCCGCGGCGCUGGCGGUAGCGGCACCUUCGGCACCGCCACCGACCGCACCCGCCGGUACGACGCUGAUGCCACCGCUGCCGGUACCGACAAUGCCGUACGCUGUGAUCUCGCCUUCAGGCAGCAGUGACUACCAGUCAUCAGAUGCGGACGCUGGAGGAGACGUUCCAGACUACGGGAGUAGCAUGGGCAGUAACAUUGGCAGUGGCAGCAGCAGGCAAGGGGUAGCUAUCGAUAGCAUCUUGGCGCCCCCGGAGAGCUGCGGCGCAGGUGGCGGUGGCGGGCUGUGCAUCCGCGGCGCCCAGGAUGUAACGGUGACCCUGGCCAACGUGUCGCUGGUGUCCAACACGGCGCUGCUGGGCGGGGGCCUCUACGUGGGCGUGGGUAGCCGCUGCCGGCGCCUGAUCGCCUGCUACCGCCUCAAGCUGGACGAGCGGGUGGUGGUCACAGGGAACGCCGCGGUGAUGGCGGGCGGUGGCGUGUACUGGGAGUAUGAGAAGAUUCUGCAGCUGUCCUGCAGCGGCAAGUCAAGUCCGUCGCCGAGCUCAGGGCUGCGGGGCAGCCCGCAGCAGCAAGAGCAGGAGCAGCAGGAACAGGAGCAGACCGCAACCCGCUUGCGCCUUGCAGCGCCCGCCUGGCCCGGCCUGCUGCGGCAGCUACAGACGCACACCUUCGCGCCGCUCUCGACAAGCGCCGGCACACCUGCAGCCGCUGCUAGCUCCAACGGCUCUGCGACUGCGACUAGACAAUUCCCCAGCAGUGCCGACAGCUCCGGCCUUAGCCAGGGCACGUCCACGGCAAGCAAUGGCAGCAGCUCGCAGCUUCCUCCACCACCUCCCAACCCGCCUAGUCCGCCGGCGCCCGGUGGUGGCGGCGGCGCCAGCACUGCAGCUGCUGGCCUGCUGACGAGCGCGGCGGCGAUGCGCGCCUACCUACGCCGCGUCACCCCUUGCGCUGUGUGGGCGAACAACACGGUGGCAGAGGGCGGGUACGGACCCACCAUCGCUUCCACGGUCUUCUUCCACCAGCCCCUGCUACGGCCCGCCGCAUCGACGGCCACGUCUCGAUCAGCCACAGCCAUGACGCUGCCACUGCCAUCUCCGCAGCCUCUGCCGCAGCCCCAGCUGCCGCAGCCCGCGGCGGCUGCGCGUCGCACGCUGCGGCAGUUGCUGCAGUUGGUAGGCUCUGCUGCAGCGGCUGCGGUGGCAGCCGUGGCGCCACCGCUGGCCCUGCAGCCGCCGCUGCCGCUGGCUCCGCCGCCGCCACCGGCUUCCACACUGCCGCUAAUGUUCGAGAGCGGCGCCGCUCUGCCUGUGGUUGUGCAGGUGACACGUAGUGUGAUCGACUCCUCUGUGCUCAUCAUGUGCACCUCACUGAACGCGCUGGGGCAAAAGGCGGCGCAGGCGGAGGCAGGCACCGCCAACUUCAGCCAACUGCGGCUGCGGGACCAGGUGAACGCCAGCUAUGAGCUGCAGUUUGAGGGGCGCACCUCCAUCCGGCAGCUUGGGCCCGUGGGGCUGGCGGUGACGUUGAGGCCGUGCCGCAUCAACGAGGAGCUAUCAGCAGAGGGUGACUUCUGCAGCCCCUGCAGUCAGGACUUUUACUCCUACGGCGGCGCGGGGGGCUGCCUGCACUGCCCGGAUGGCGCCGCUUGCAGCAACACGAGCUUGGGCGGCGUGUUGGUGCCGGCGGACGGCUUCUGGCACAGCAGCCCGCUGUCCGCAAACGUGAUUGAAUGCCCCUACGAGGGCGCGUGUCAGUACGACGGUCGCCUGCAGAAACUAGCUACAGCCCAGACUGCCAUCAUUGCGUCCGCCAGCAGCAGCGGCAGUAGCAGCAGCGGUAGCAGCAACAGCAGCGCCAGCAGCGCCAGCGGCGCACAUCAUCGCAGGGCGCUGAUCGCGGUUGACAGCCCCGGCAUCCCACUUGCCUCUGCUGCUUCAGAGCUGCCGCCGCUGGCGCCUGCUAACGACACAGGAGCCCUUAAUGCCGGCGAUGGCGAGGAAGCAAGGUACCGACAGCUGCAGUGCGCUGAAGGCUACUGGGGCAACCUGUGCGGCGGUUGCCAAGAGGGCUAUGGGCGACAGGCAUCUGGCGGCUGCCAGAAAUGUCGCGCCGUCGCCACCCGUGUGGGCUGGGUGGCCCUGGCAUUUGCUAUCACCUUCGUCUCAGUGGUGGCGGCUGUGCGGGCCGCCCUCACUCCCGAGUUUCUGCACGUGGCCGCGGCGGACGCGCGGCGCUCGCGCCGCGCCGUCGUAACGCUGUCAGCUAACACCUACAACACCACCAGCACACCUGCCGCAACGCCUGGUGGCGACCUGCUGUCGUCGCCUGGCAAGCUUGGCGCGGGCGACACUGCUGGUUUCAGCAGCGAUGAAGGCGGAGAUGCGGACGGGAAGGAAGCUGCAGCGACACCUGCAGAGGGGCCUACGGCAGCAGCGGCAUCACACUCGCCGCGUGAGGCGGCGGAGCUGGCGGGAGCGGCGGGUGGAGGCGCGGGGCCUGGCGGCCCGGCGGCCGCAGCAGCGCUGCAUGGGGGUACAGGCGACGCGGGCGACGCGGUGGGGGGUGCUGAUGACGAGGAGGACGAAGAAGGGGUGCCGCUGGGCCAGCUCAGCGGCGAGCGAUUUGCGGCUGCGCUGUUCCGCAUUCACGGCGCCGCCCGGGGCCGCUGCCCGCCGCCUGCCGGGGCGGCGGCCGCCGAGUCCCCAAGCGGAAACUCCAUCAAGUCCAAACGUUUUACGGACUUGCAGAACGCGCAAGCUGGAUCCGAUGGCGAUGCCGCGGCAGCGGAGGGCGCUUGUACAGCGACCGCCACGGCGGCCGCAGCGGCCACAGGGGCGAUCGCCGGACAGCCGGCCACGACGUCUGCAGCCCUGGCGGCGGCGUCCCGCUCAGGUUCGGUCCUGGCGGGGGCGCCGUCUUCCUCCUCUCAAAGCGGCUCCUGGCACCAGCUAUUCAGCCUGGCCACACCCAAGUCUCGGAUCCAAUUGCUGAAGCGGCCGUGGGAGCGUGCGGCGGGGGCGCUGGCAGCGGCACAGUCGCGCGGGCGGCGCUCUCCCCCUCUGUCAGCAGAAGACAUGUCGAAGGCUGUAGCAGAUAUGGAGGCCGCUGAGGCCGCAGAUGACAGUGACCCGGGCGGCGGCGGCAGCGGCAGCGGCCCUGUCAGCCAGGAAGCGACUGUUGCUGCUCAUUCUGCUUCCGCCAAUGUCCGCGGCGGUGGUAGACGCGGCAGCGGAGGCUACGGCGGUGGUGAAGGCCCUACCAGCCAAGACAGCGUCAGCGGCAGUUUCACAGCCAGCGCCGUCAGCAGCGCGACCGCUGCUAGCGGAAGCCAGCAGCCACACGCGCCCAUGCUUGGCAUGUUGCCGGCAUACGGCAAGGUCAGCUUCGCGUCCUUGCUGAUGGCGGUGCGGGCAACGAAGCAGCCUAGUAUCGACGGUUCCGGCGGGGCCGGAGGAGGUGGGGGCGGGAGCGGAGCUUUGGCAGCGGCACGCACGAGCAGCGGCCGUCCCUCGUCUCGCAGGGGCAGCCUCAGCCAAGCUCGUUCGUCGGGCGUGGUUGACAGUGAUGCAGCGGCGGCAGGUGGGGGUGGGGGUGGCGAUGACUUGAGCAACAGCGGUGGCGCGCCGCGGCGGCGUGUGGCAUCUCGCUUUGCUGCUGCCACCCAUGCCGCUACCGCAGUGCAAGCGAUGCGCAAGCGCGCUGCUGCCACCCAUGCCGCCAGGGCCUCAGGCUCCGGCAAGGGAACGGACACGGGUGGCGACAGCGGCGGCCCUAGCGCCAGUGCACCGGGCCGCCUCGGCCGGCGGGUUGAUCAUGAUGGCGACGCUGCGGCUGCCUCCACCGCGCUUGCCAACGCCAAGGCCAGCGCCGGCAAGUGGCAUAAGCGGCGGGCGUCAGCACUGGCUGACGCCGGCGCCGGCGGCAGCCGCGGCGGUGCCAGCGAACAGCAGGCGUCAGGCACCGGUAGCGCAAGCAGCAGCGGCCGCAGCGGCGCGGCGUCGCCGGCUGGGCCUUCGGCCAGCCCCCGGCGCUUAAGCAAGCUAUCUUUCACGGGUUUAAUUCGUACCUUGUCGCCCACCGCCUCUGCCACCUCCUUGCCGCCGCCGCCGCCGCGAGGCCCGCCUGCGGCCCUGUCCGCUUUCGCAGCGGGCGCCAAGCGGUUCUUCAGGACACGUGGCGGUGACGGCGACGUUGGUGACAGUCCUGCUCUGGAUGAUGACGGGGGCUCUGUUGCGGACGCCUCCGCUUCUGUGAAUAGCACGAGCAAGUGUGGUAGUGGAGGAGUACCUGUAUCGGUCUUCACGCGCGCUCAGACCCGUCUCGACUCUGACGCGGCGCCCGCCAUGGCAUCCGGUCAGGCGCCAAACCGAGCGGCACCCGUUCUGGUGGAUGUGGUAGGCGACGGCGGUGGAGACCGUACGGCAGCAGCAGGCCGCUUCGGAACCACCACUGCAGCUGCGGUUGCGACUGUGAAUGCCGCCCCCAUGUCAGCCUCUUGUUAUGCUGGGCCAAGUGCCACAGACAGUGAGGCUGCUGACUCUCCCACCCCCACUGCUGGUGGCAAGGGCCCUGCUGAUGUUUUAAGAGCAUGCGGUGGUUACUUGGCCCGGCGCGCGCCCGACUCCACGCAGCCUGUGGGUGCGGCGGCAGCAGCGCUUGCGCCAGCAGGUGCCAAUGCCGGGGCCGGCGCUGGGUCAGGGGCUGGCCCUGUGGUGGAUCCAGUGCUGGGUGAGGAGGUGGGCUCGGCAGAGGUGGCGUUGCAGUGCGGCCCGCAGCUGGUCAGCGAAGCUGGAGAAGCUGCAUCGCCGACAAGCGCAGCAGCCCCGCCUGCAGUGCCGGCAUCAGCAGCAGCGGAAGCAGCGGCGGCUGCGGCUCAGACCAAUGCAUCUGGGCCACCACCGCUGCCGCUGCUGCCACCGCCUCUGGCGAUCGCAGGCGCCUCGGCGCCGCCGCACAGCGCGCUCAGCGGCGUGCGCCGCGUCGCAGGGGCGGUGGCGGGGGGUGCCGGCGGCCUCGGCGGCAGCAGCAGGCCCGGCGGCGGGCGCAUGGUGUCCUUCGCCGCGGGCACGAUUAGCCCUGUGGCCUCGAGUAGCGCCGCCGCCGCCGCCGCCGCCGCUCGAGGAGCCUUUACCCAGGACCGCGAUCCCGACAUCCGCCGUAGCAGCAGCUACAGCCGCCAGCGGGCUGUGGUGCCGCCCGCUGCCGUUGCCAUACCGACGCCUUCUGCCUACAGCCCGGGGAGAGGCACUGGCAGCAGCAGUACGGCAGGCAUGGGCAUUGGCGCGGGCGCGGGCGGGGUUGAGUCGGGACAGACACUCACGCUUAGCCGGCUGCGUGCCGCGAGCAUGCCGCGUUGGAAUGAGGUAGCAGCCGCGGCUGUCGGCAGCCCCGCAGCUGCAGCAGGGGCGGUGGCAGUAGCAGCAUCAGACGCGGCAGGCGGUCACCGGCUGCCGCCGGCGGCGUUGAUGAAGUCGCGGUCGUUCGGUGGCGGGCGGUUGCGCCACCGCCGCAGCAGCGGCGGCGGUGGCGACAGUUGGUUAACGGAGCCAUCGGCAAUGGCCAAGGUGGCGGCGGCCGCAGCAGUGGCGCUGCAUCAGUUGGAGGCAAUGCCGCGAAGUCCCGCAGUCCUCACGCGGGGCAGUGCUGCUACUGCCAGUAGCCAAGCAGCUGCAGCGGGAGAAAGCGGCGGCGCGCCGCCGCCGGGCCGCAUGGCGCCGCGGGCCGAGCUGCGGAUCGGCAUCCCGUCGCCGCCUGAUCGCGUGACGUCCCUGGAUCGUGCCACAGGAUCCAAGUACAAACCAACUGGCACGAUACGGGCGGAGUGGGGCGCUUAUGAUGGGCAUCACGGCAAGAUCAGCGAGUCGGGUGCGGCCGGCAGCGUGGCUGGCAGCCGCUGCAGCAGCGGAGGCGGUGACGGCGCCGGGAAGUACGGCAGCCACGUCGGCGACGAUUACGUAGAUGACGAUGUUGAUGGUGACAGCGGGGGCGAUGAUGGUCGUGAUGGGGGCAGCAAUGAGGGGGGCCGGCCCGACAGCUCGUUCAACGCGCGUAGGCGGUCCGAGCUGUACGGCACCUUUGGCGGGCGCCAGUGGCGGCGCCGUACGGACGUCAUCAGCGAGCACCAGACCGUGUUCAAAAUCCUCGUGUCGUACGUGCAGGUGGUGAGCCUGGUGAACAACACGCCCGUGACGUGGCCCACCGCGCUGGUCACCUACUUCAACGUGGCCAGCCAGGCCUCCUCCGCCACCUCCAGCCUGGCCUCGCUGGACUGCUCCAUGUCCGCGGACGUGGGCCUGCCCAAGUCGGCGCAGCUGUUCCUGAUUCAAGUGCUGGCGCCUGCCUUCUGGUCCGCCGCGCUGGUGCUGUUUUGGCUGGCGCGGGCCGGUUGGCGCCUGCGGCGCGGCCGGCUGCAGCACGGCGACCCGCUGCGGUCCUACCUGCACAACCGCAUCAUCAUUUCCGUCAACUGCAUCAUCUUUGUCAUGUACCCCUCCGUGGUGACGCAGCUGUUCAGCCUGUUCAGCUGCACGCAGCUGGACACGGGGCCGCCCGAGCGCGUGUGUCCGGACCCAUGGCGGCCUGACAGCUGCCGCUGGGACCGCAACGCCAUUGGGCUGUUCUGGACACAGGACCUGGAGCAGCGCUGCUACCGCGGCAUACACCUGACGCUGUGCGCGGCGGUGGGUGUGCCCGGUGUGGUGCUAUUCGCGGCCGGCAUCCCCUUGCUGUCCGCCUGGUGGCUGUGGCGCAACCGUGCCAAGCUGUGGGACAACGAAUUCGUUGCGCUCUACGGGUCGCUUUACCAGGAGUAUGAGGACGACCACUACUACUGGGAGAGUGUGGUCAUGCUGCGCAAGCUGACGGUCACCGCCGUCAUUGUGUUUGCGGGCACAUACCGCUGGCAGCUGACGCUACUGCUGUCCAUGGGCGUCAUUGCGACGUCGCUGCUGCUGCAGGUCGCGUACAGGCCUUACGAGACUGACGCCAUGGACGAACUGGAGCGACUGGGACUGGUGGCGACGCUGAUGACGUUUUAUCUAGCCACCUACUUUAUGGACGACUCCGUCGGCCGCGGUGUGCGGGUGGGCCUCAGCUUCGCCAUCCUGGUCAUCAACGCGGCUACGGUGUUCAUCAUGUGUGUCGCAAUCGCCAGGGAGCUCCACCGCGCCGCGCUGUUCCGAUUGCUCCGUAUCAGCUCCGCACGUGGCGACCUGCCCCUGUCCUUCGUGAUGCGCGUGGGGCUGUUGUACAGCAGGUGGCGUGGCCGCGUGGCACUGACCAGGCUGCGUACGACACUGUACCGUACCUUCCCCUGGCUGUUCCCGAUGGAAUUUCCGCCCGAUGCGGAUCCCGUGUUCGUGGCCGUGGCAAGAAGCGAGGCGGCGGCGGCGGCUAGCACGGUGCUGGCAGCAGCAGCUGCGGUGGCGCAGACGCAGACGCAGGCGGCUCAGGCGCAGGUGCAAAGCGCGAAUGGGGUAGGACCAGCGAUAGCGGGGGCAACUGGCGUGGGUGACUCACCUGCAGCUGCAACCGCCGCCAGUCCCGCAGCUCUUGGGAGCACUAGCAGCAGGGGCUUGCUGGCGCGGCGGCGCGCGGCGUCUGCGGCGGCUCAGGUUCUGGCCGCGGCGCUGCGUGGCGCGUGGGAGCACCACCACCACGGCGUGUGGCUGCUGCGCGUGUUUGAGCUUUCAGAGCGCGUGAGUGCAGCAGAGGAGCAUGAGCAGCGCAAGAAGCGGCGGCGGAGAUGGAGCGUGUGGCGUGGGUCUGGGCACGACAGCAGCGGUGGCGAGAACGCGGAGGGCGUCGAGCAUCCGGAAGACGGCGGGGUGGGCAGCAGCAGCGGAGACGGUAACGCUGGGUGGAGGCAGGCGCCGGGGAAGCUCCUGACACGGAUGCGCACCGUGGCACACAGGCUACCUGGUCAGCUCACCCACACCGCCAGCCGCCUCACUCUGCGCCUCACACAUCGCCCCUCCGAUUUCGCCGCCCUCGAUGCCGACCCACUCCAUGGUGGUGGUGCAGCCGCCAACGCCGGCGGCAGCAGCGUGCGCCGGCGCCAGCAGUCGUACAGGCAGUGCGGCGCUGAUGAGCAUGGCGGCGGCAUGAACGCUGCCCCGUACUCACCCGUUGAGAUUACGACGCCCGUGACCGCGUCCGCCCCUGAUGCGGUCAUCAGUGCUGCAGCCACUGUCACCUCGUUCCACAUGGCCUCACGCCCACGCUCCUCCAGGACUCUGCCUGCCUCUGGCCUCUUGCUCAGCAGUUACGUGGUGGCGGACACGGCGGCGGCAGGGGGUGCUGGCAUGGCGGGAGCAGCAGCUGCCACCACUGCGGCCGCAGCCGUGACGGUAGGGCCCGGCGGGGUGCGCCUGGCCUCCAACCCGGUCGCUUUGGACCCCGAGCUUGACCUGGAUGCAGAUUGCGCCUUGGUGGACGACGGCUUACACGGAAAUGGGACCCAUGACGAAGGUCACAGGAAACAGCGCAGCGUGGGGGGCCUGGUCGGAGGGGCAGAAGGCGCUGGGGGCGAAAGGGCAGGGAGUGCUGGUUCUGGCAGUGGUGUGGGUGACGGAACUGGAAUGGAAGUGGACGAGAUGCUCCUGGGCCAUACGUGGGGGCCCUUGCACCUGCUGCCAGAGCAGCGCAAUUCUUAAUGCCUGCAAUCUGUUGCUGCCGUUACUUGUUAUCAUUGUAUAAGUAUGGCAGUGGGCCAUAAAUAUCUGGUAGGUAGCGGCAGGGCUCGACUGUGGUAUAGUGAGGAUAAGGCACAGCUGAACAUAGCUACAAUGCGGCGCACUGCAUCUAGCAUACAGUUUAUUGUUGUAUUUCUUUGGCGUGUGUCAUCGUCGACUGCAAUACUGACCACGUCACAGCUAUGGAACACCGGAGAGUGUCAAGAGCGUGGAGCAGGGACACACAGCCUGACGACAACUGGCGCGCAGAAAGCUGGUGGGAGGAGGGGCAAGGCGCACGUGUCAUCUUCUUUGAUUUCUUAAUGGCCAUUGUUCAGACCUUUGUGCCGGUGCAUCAGGUGCAGAUCGGAGUGGUUGUGAAGGUGUUGUGACACCAGGCAGCUUGCAAGUUUGCAAGAUGACACAUUGUGGCGCGGUAGGGGACUGCGCCAAGGUGACCAGCGUACGAGAGACUAGCUAGGGGAGUGGCGUUUAAAGCACAUGGUAUGGUGGCCACGGAUGGCUAAACCGAUGUAGGUCAAUGCCUCAGCCGGGCGUAUGGGUGGAACGAGCAACCUUCGUUGCCCAAUUCAAGGUAUGCUGACGCCCGCGACGCCGAGGCUGGGACAGCGGGGCCUGCCAGGGCCUAGGCGCAAACGCAUGGGAAUGCGCAUCAGGCCACGACGGCCGCGGCUGAAUGUUAGAAGCUGUAGU